AUGCUGCCAUUUCGACGAAUUCCCAAACUGAUGCUAGAACACAUGAUUCGAAAUGCAGUGUUCUGGCUCAACGCUUUCCCAGCAUUGGAUGGGGUUUCUGACACGCUUUCGCCUAAAUACAUUGUAACCGGAAGAAAUGUAAAAAUGAAACUCCAUGUCCGCACCGAAUUUGGCGCAUACGUCCAAACUCAUGAGGAACAUUCCAAUGAUAUGCGUGCACGCACGCUGGGCGCCAUAUGCCUUGGGCCCACCGGUGCAGCACAAGGCUCACACUAUUUCAUGAGCAUUGCAACCGGCAAGCGCAUCACAAGGCAACACUGGACACCACUACCCAUGCCUACUGAUGUCAUUGGAGCCGUCAGCAACAGUGGACUACAACAGGGCAUGCCCACUACACUGACAUUUGCAGACCGGAAUGGAAUGGAGCUUAUCGUCACAAGGUGUCCUUACAUCCACUUGAUCCUCCAUUCAACUUCAGAGGUGGUUCUUGACGCAAUGGGCGAUGCAAGUAUAUCAUCCAUUAGACUUGACAAAACGGCAUAA